AUGGGACAAUCAGUUGUACAUCAGAAGUACAAGUUAUCGGUGGUUUCCGGCGGUAAACUUGUGCUGCCGCGCGCUUCAAACCGGUCAUGCUGCAACAAGUCUGUCACACUAUUGACCCGCGACGAAACAUGCGUGGUGGUACCAUUCAACAACCAAAUCAAGGUUUAUUCAUUGGAAACAAGUCAAUGCGUCAAAACCCUCAAAUUUGCGAACAAUGCGGUACUCUCGCGUUUGUUCUUAGGUGCGGACGCGGCGUCGAUCUGUGAUUUGGCGCUGGGCGACUUGACGCUAGCCGAGGGCGGCACAGCAGACGGUGCUCACUCAGACGAUACAUUCGAUUUCAGCGUGAUCACAUCUGUAGGGGAUGUGGUGGUGCUCAACUACAAGGGAAAGUUGGCAGACGAGCCCAAGGUUAUCCAGUUAGGCACGCUACAGCCCAAUGAGCAAGUUGUUAAACUUUUCAGAUUUGGAGGAAGGGUAUCAGUCCUGACGUCAGAAGCUGAGACUUCGGCUACUUACACAUACCGCAUCUACAGCUACGACAACUCUGAGAGAAAGCUGAGCGAGAGAAAACGCUUUGAGCAUGUGCUUUUAUCAGCCUGGUCAUCGAACGAUAAAUUUCUGUGCUUGUUGGCGAAGGGCCAAAACUCGAAAAAGGUGCUGUAUCUCGAGGACAUCCAUGAUCAAAUUGACAGCAAAACGCUGCCUUUGCCGUCGAUAGCAUCUGCAUCUGCAUCGUCCAAUGCCCAUUUCGCCACAGUAAUGGCACUCGACCACCAAGGUUCCCAGCUAGCAGUGGGAUACGCUUCUGGUGUAAUCAAUGUCAUAAAUUUAACGGAUCAAUCUACCCGGCUACUGAAAUGGCAUAUUGACUCUGUACUGUCUUUAUGCUUUACCUCAGAUGGGACAUACUUGCUUUCUGGUGGCUGGGAAAAGGUUUUGAGUUUCUGGCAGCUUUCGACAAACCUGCAGCAAUUUCUCCCUAGAUUGAACGGUGUAGUUGUGGAUUGCAACAUUCUUCAUGAUAAAUUCUAUUCUCUAGGCCUGCAGUUUGCGGAUAACCAAUCAAACUCGGACUACCAACUGCUCCUGCUGAACUCCACUGACCUCAAAUCAAGAAUCGCAAUAAGCGGUCCAUUGUGCGUUUUUCAGACGGCAGUCAGAGACGUUGUUUACCCCGUCUCGGCGGUUUCAUCUAAAGCGUCGGCAUCAUCCGCAGAUUUGCAAAAAGCUAAUAAAAAACAGCAAAGGAAAUUGCUCAAGAGAAGAAGGCAAGACUUCAGUUCCGUAUUCGAAAUACAGCCCAGUACCAAGCAUCUAUACUUCCCCCAUACUUCUGCUGUCCAAAUUUUUGACUUUUACAAAAAUGAGCAAAUUCACUACCAAUACUUAGCAUCCGGCCUAAACAACUCAAUGGGUAAAGUGCGGUCAGAACUGAACUUAAAAGAUCCUGUAAUAGCUGAUGUGAAGUUUACGAAAGAUGGCAACUGGAUGAUAUCUUACGAGGUCGAAUAUCCUCCUGAGGGACUUCUGUCAUCUAACGACUUUUCUCAUGUGCUGAAGUUCUGGCGCAUGUCAGCAAGCGGCGAGUGGGAACUUCAGACCAAGGUUUUAAGUCCACACGGCCUCAAAACCCCGAUAACUAGCAUACUUGUCGCUCCAAGAUCUGUCAAUAACUCCUUAGGCUGCCUUACAUCAGAUAACAACGGUGGCUUGAAAUACUGGUCUUUCGAUGAAGUCUUGAACAAUUGGGCCCUUUCCAAAGUUGCAGUGCCAAGUGUCAAUCACUUCAGUAACUCUGUUGAGCUAGCAUGGUCUCUUGACGGUAGCUUAAUAUUUCAUGCUUUUGAUGAUAAAGUUACAGUUAUUGAAUUUGCUGCAUUCAAAAAGUUUUAUGAAGAUUCUGCAAAGGCUUUAAAUGAAUUUACAAUGGACUCCGCAAUUCAGUCAAUAAUGCUCGUUAACGAUUCAAACCUUAUUGUUGCUACGCAGACUAGCCUUAACUCUAUUAAUCUUCUGUUGGGAGUGGUAGAAAGCAGCUUUGACUUAUAUCCAUUUGUCAACGGGGUUUACAAGAAUGGUCAUGCAUCCAGAUUGAUCAGCUGUGACGAGAAAAAUGGCCGUGUGGCGCUUGUGGUAAACCACAAAACCUUGGACGCCGAAGGUAGACCAACCCUGAACUACGCUUCACAUGUGCUCGUUUUUAAUUCCGACCUAUCUCAGAAGCUGGGUGCGUUUGAGCAUGAUGAAUAUAUCUCUUGUAUUCGUUGGAACUUCGAUACAGACUUUAUUUUCUUGGACACAAAGAAUAGGCUUGGUGUUGUCAGUACAACAACGAGUCCAGAGAUGCUCGAUGAAGUUGACAAGGAGGGCGCGUUGGACCAGUUGGCAUCUAACGAGUUUGAGAUCGAGCUUCAGAAGCUUACCCGCGCACAGAAAGCCCAAGGGCUUGAACCAGAAACUGAUGAAAAGGAGGAAGCUCUUCUUGAUUUCAUAAAUGGCGAUAAAUCUGGAAAGCUGAUCAACAUGAACAGCUUUACGAGCAUGUUUGAGAAUAUCGAGAACGUUCAAAUGGACACGCUUUUCGACCGUGUCAUGAAGGUUAUCACUUAA